AUGUCGUCGCACGAUGAGGAAAUGCAGGACGCUCCUGUCAACGGCCACGUCCAGGAGAACGGCGUCGAGGAGGAAGUCGACGAGAAGCAGCGCAUCCGCGUGCUGCCCGGGUCCGAGAACACCGCUGCGUCUUUCGAGUUCGAGAAUGAGGAUCACACCCUGGGCAACGCCCUGCGCUACAUCAUCAUGAAGAACCCCGCCGUUGAGUUCUGCGGUUACUCUAUUCCCCACCCCUCCGAGAACAAGAUGAAUCUCCGCAUCCAAACAUAUGACGACGUCAGCGUCUACGAUGUGCUGGAACAGGGCCUGGAUGACUUGGCGGAGCUUUGCGACGUUGUCAUAGACAAGUUUACCGUCGCGCGUGAUGAGUUCAACGCGCGCAAGUGA